CUGUUUUUCUUCGAGUCACAUAAGAGUUUCGCUCGAGUAUUUCUUAUUGAGUCUGUGCACACCUUUUGGUUUCGUAUCUCCUUCAUGCAUGAUAGAAAAUAGCGAACAACUCGAAGGUCUGCGGGUAAGGACAAGAUAACAGGGUCACCUAUCUUCUCAACAUUCCCUCGCACUUCUCUAGACUGCCCUUGGUGCUUUUCGCGAUUGUUAAGCUUAUUUUUCAUGAUCAACUCGCGACGCUGGUAAAUUUAUUCUGGCAUUCACAUUCGAAAUGUGUAACCUAAAAGCACUAUCUUCCAUUCUCCCUUGUAGCGGGCCCAUUGGAGAAGAUUUUAUGCCAAAGAUAAUGGCAUCAAAACCAAAAGUUUUGAUACUUGGCGGUAAGUGCACCAUGUUAUAUCUGAUUUAAAUGGAUGAUUACUGUCCAGUGAGAUGCAAGUGUACUAUCGCAUAAGGUGUUUUCCAGCUAUUAACGGGUUACUGACUACUUUGACUCGAUUGUGAUGUUACUUUUUUCCUCCGAAGCAGCAUUGGUAACCCUCGAUAAAUUUAUCACUAAUUGUACUUAAUUAUAUUGCACCUGGGUAACCCGUUAAAGCAAUUAUUCAAGAUAAAAUCGAUUCAAAGGUAAACAAAUUAAGAUAUGAUUAAUCUGUACUUAUAAUUCAAUUCUCUAUAAAUUAAUUUGCAGGCUUUGUGAUUAUCUAAAGUAAAUUUGUUUUACUUCAAAUUGCUCCUACAGUUUACAAUUUCGCCGCAUUGAUGUAGAGGAUGAUAGAAGUCACUCUGUGCAUGUUCAAAUAUUCAAUACCGGAAGAAUAUAAUUAAUCGCUAUACAUAGAUAUUGUUUCUGUAUUAUGCUUGGGGUUGGGGUGAAAAACGAAGCAUGACACGCCUGUUCAUUUGAUAGCUUUAGACCCAAAGGCCUGUUUUUGUUCACCUUGGUUUCACAUUAGUAACUACAAGGAUGAGAAGAAGAAAAGGAAAAAAUCAAUCAGGGGGAGAUGAGAGUGGAAGGGAGAGUAAUUCAUACGUAGAUUCUGAAUAGCUUAGCUGUUUUCCUUGAAGCAUAUGUUUGGAUCAUAUAUUGUUAGGUUAAAUUAAGCUCCCAGGAAUCUCAAACUGUUUUCUUUUCUUUUGACAGAGAGGGUUCUAUUAAAACUAACUGAUUUUUUACAUCAAUAUCCAAGAAUGAAAUUUAUGUUGCAGUUGGAUAUUAAUUUCAUUUCAAAACAUUUUACCAACAACAAAUGCAUCUACUAGAUUCUUCUUUCCUUUGUAUCCUUUGUAUGAUUACGAGAAUAAGACUUACUAGGUCCAGGGGCAAAGGAAAUUAAGAAUUUUCUGAAGAAUAACCUCUUUCCUGCAUGAAAAUAAAAUUUCAACUAAAAAAAGUUCAUAAUUUUAAUCAUAACCCUUUUAAGCCCCUGUUGGUUAGUUAUAAAGAAUUAGGAUUAGAAUCAGGAGAAAUAAGCUUUUAACCCUUUAACUCCCAGAUCAAAUUUGUAAUUCUCCUUACUGUCAUCUAUACAAUUUUUAUAAUGUUACUUCUGAGAAUUUAGUAUUGGAUCAAUUAUCCCCAAAUUGAUAGUUUUCUUUGUUCUUAUCACUUAUCUGGUUGAUUUUGUACCGAUAUUGUGAGGAGAAAUUCUGUCUUGGUCACUCAUGGGAGUUAAAGAGUUAAGUCUUUACUAUAGGGUUUAAUUAACCCUAACCUUAUUAUUAUUAUUAUUAUUCAGACUAGAUGUUAUUGUAAUGCUUUUUUUUUUUCUUCUUUUUUUCAGGAUUGGGAUUUGUUGGCCGCAACCUUGUAUGCUACCUUGUUGAGCACAAGCUGUGUUCAAAGGUUAGACUAUAAAAAGGCUGUUAUUUUAUUUUGUUAGUGAUGACAAAAUUAAUGUGGACCAAAUAAUCUUGUUUGGAGCAUUCUUAUUUUAACUUGGAUAAUAUAUAACACUAGGGCAGUAUCAAUAUAAAUCUGUUCUUUCAAAGAGAUGGUAAAAUUUUUUAUGUCACUAAUUGCCAGAGACAUUGUUAGUUCCUUCACCUUUGUUAGUUGGGCAAUUCUUUGUGUACAAAAGAAUCUGAGUCUUUUUUUUCAACCAUUUACAAUUGAUCAGUGCUCCACAAAGGAAUGAUAAUGUUGUUUGUGGAAGAUUUGCACCUCAGUCACUUAUUUCAAAGUACUAUUUGAGACUCUGAAUAAUUUGAACAAUUUUCUAAUAGAUUACUGCUAUAAGAAAAGGCUUUGCAGGGUUAGGCAUGGCUUCUUGUGUUUGCACUAUUAUCGGCAACUGUAAUUUUUUUCUGCUUAUCACCUGGUACUUGCACACUGGGGCAGUCCUAAUUUCUUAUCCAGCUGAAAUUGAUUUAAAGACACCCUUCCUCAUUCAUCAGCUAACUGUUGUUACUAUUGUAACAUUUUCAAGUUUGUUGUUAUUUGUCUUAAAGAUUAGGGCUGUUGAUAAAGUUCCACCACAAACAGCUUGGUUGAAUGAAAGACAUAAAGUAAGAGUUAUCUUGCUUUUCUUAUGUAACAAUUACCAUAACUGAAAUAGAUUUUUGUCUUGAAUUUAGUAACCUCAUCUUACAUUGUGAAUCCUCAUAGUGUUUAUUAAUAACUCCUUUAUACUAUAUGCAAACUUAUUUUCUUUACAGGCAGCAUUUAAUCAUGACAGUGUGGAAUUUAAGAGUGCCAAUCUCAUUCAUCCUGGUAAGUAUCAAAUUAAUAUAUUCAGUACUAAAUUAUACAUGAGGUCAAGAGCAUGACUUAAAUAAUUGAGCAUGAAUGAACUGUCAGUAGGAAUUAGUAGACCCUAUUCCAUCAAAAAGCUUCAUUUGUUCGAGGGCCUUUGAAUUUCACAGCCAAAAUCACAGCAGGCAAUCUGAAGAACAGUUUGUAUCUCAAGUAAAUGAUGAGAUGAAAUAGUAAAGUGCAUCAAGACACAGAAAAAUGCAGGUUACCAAGUGCCAAUUCUGGUUACUCCAAGUCCAUUUCAUCUGAUUGGUUUGGAAAGUGAUUUUGAGUUUGAUCAAUCACAGGACUUGAUGAAGGAAACAAGUGUAAUGUUUGGUUACUUAUGAAUUCAUCUUGUAAUUUAAUAUUUUGCCAUAGCAAGCAAUCUUGUAUAUAAACUCAUAAAUUACAAUUUUUUACCUUUUUCAUGAAAUCAUUGAUAAAUAAAAUUGAUGGGUGCAAAUCUGUAGCUCACUGUUUUUUUUUUUGCAUUUUACAAUCUACUUGAUUUUUACUCAGCUAGUGUAGAGUCAGCUUUCCGUGACUCUGGAGGUGAUUUUGAUAUUUGUAUAAACUGUGCUGCAGAGACCAGAUAUGGACAGUCUGAGGAGGUGAGUAACACUCAAAUUAUAUUGUUUCAUUCAUCUAAUUUAUAAAUAAAUGGCAGAAAAUAUUAUAUGUAAGUUCUCCUUAAUUGGUUUACAGUUGUGUUACGUUAGAUAAGGGUAUGUUAAGGUAACAGGAUAUUUUAGAUUCAGAAGUAUUUUUUGGAUGGACUUUUUCCAUGUCUACAUACAGUGUACAUGUACAUAUACAUGUAUCUCUCAUUUUCCCUGUUGGAUAGUAAUGAACCAGCUACCCAUUGUAAGAGAAAUUUAUUAAAGGACUUUUGAAUUAACCCUGGAUAGGUUUAUGCAGAUGGGGUGUUCAAACUGAGCAUAAAUUGUGCAAAGCAAGCACGGGAAAGUAAUGUGAAGAGAUACAUUGAGAUUUCCACAGCUCAGGUGUAUUCCUGCGAUAAGGUGAGAACCUUGAAAAUAGGCUAACUCUUUCACUCCUGUGACUGACCAGGACAGAUUUUCUCCUUACAACAUUGACACAAGUCAAUCCCACACACCUCUCAGAACUAACAUCAUUGGAAAUGUAUGUAAGACUGUAAAGAGAAUUAUAAGUAAUUUAUUGGGAGUGAAAGGGUUUCAGGAAGAGGGGUUAAUGUUUGUGCUCUCAAUAUCUUCCUGGCUGCUACCAGCUGUUAUCACAAUCAUGCAGUCUCUUUCUGUGUUCAUAAACACUUUGUAUUUUGCUACACUAAUAAUUUGAAUUUUCCUCCUACCUUGAUGCACUGCUUUGUUGGCUUAUCUCAUUGGUAUUUUAUGAAUACACAUGUACUUUGUGGCAGUAGCAUAAAAUAAACAGUGUUGGCCGUGUUACAAGCCACCAGGUUAGAAAUUUCUAAAAUUUAUUUGCCUGAAAAGGAACUUUGUUGCCUAGUCAGUUUUCUUCUUGGGGUCAAUUUUAUCAUCAUUUACUUUGCCCUUACAUGAAAAGGAAAACCCUUUAGUGUUCAAUUGCAAAAUGAACAACAAAUGUUUUGUUUAAUUUGUAUUGCUCAGUCAAAACAUUUCCAUGGAAAGAUUGAUGUUAGCAACUCUUAGCAGUCCUCUUCUUGGUCUCUCAAUUUAUUGUCAUUCUCUAACUCAUCAUAAGAAUAAUAGUCAGAUAGAUCUCCAUGAUCAGCGGCAGCACUGGCUUGAAUUAACUCCAUUCUUCUGUUCAUUUGCCUAUAAUCUGUUCUUGUAACAGGGCAUAAGUAACGAAGACAGCAAGAAAUCACCAUGGACACAUAUUGCAAAAUACAAGCUGAUGGUGGAACAAGAAAUAGCUAAACUUGAUGGGUAUGAUUUAUGGAAAAUUGAGACUAGCUUCAAAUAUGAUCUUUACAGUUCAAUUUAUUCCCUCAGUCCCCUUUCAUAACAUGUACUUUUAGUUUCCCUAUGAUAUACCAUAUACUUUUGACUGAUGACCAGUUUGAACCAGAGAACACACACGAAAAAAAAAACCACAGGAAAAAUUUAAGUUGUUGAUAGCAUUAAAUGAUAUAUUUUUUGUCUUUUUAGAUUAAACUUUAUUGUUGUUAGACCAGCAAUUAUUUAUGGAAAAGCUGACAGGCAAGGACUGAGUGAGUAAUUAAAAGUAGCACAGUUGACUGUCAAUGAAGACAUCUAUCAAACACAGACAGUCACUUCUAAGAAGUAUUAUAUUAAGAAUCCAUGUAAGCCAUGGAUGUUGCAUGUUGUAUGUGCUACAGACCAUUUACAGAACAUAUUAGACACUCAAGGACAUCAAAGUUAGUACCUUUCUGAUAGACUAUCUUAUGAAACAUUUUAGGAUACAGGCCAAUGUAAAUUGAUAUGUGAAUCCUAAUAGGCCAUUAGUACUAAGUACUUGUAGGCUGUUUCAGUCUGUAACACUUUCUGAAUGCCUUUAAAAAGUGAUGCACUAAACAAAUAAAAUUUUUCAGUUUUCUGUUAUUUCUCAGUUUUUCAAAACUCACAUAUUUUUGGUGAGAGGGGUCAUAGGAAGAAGAGGGGAAAAUUGAUGUAGUGGUCCCUGUUGGAGAUAAUAGUAACUGUGCACCAUUAUAACUUAGACAUUCAUCAAUUUGCAGUGCCAAGGUUAAUUAUUGGUGCUGUUUAUAAGCAAAUGGAGGAGAAAAUGAAGGUAACUGCAGACUUGAAAUUGACUUUUUUUAAGGACAAUGAAUUAUGAUGUUUGUUCAUUUUAAGGGUGUGGUUUAAAGAUAACUAAGGUACUUCUGAAAGGUAAUGUUGUCAGGGACAGUGACUGAUGAUGUUUUGAAAUCUGCGAAAGACUUAUCGUCAUCAGAGUGAAGAUCAAGUCUCCUUUGCAGCUUUUGUUUGGUAUUGUUCAUGCCAUGAGCUCAGUAACAAGUAAUUGAUUGGAAAGCAAACCUAUGUUUCUUAUGGUCAUGGGAAGAGUUGAGACAGCAGUGGGUAGCUCUAUAUCUAAUAGUUUUCAGGUGAAAGAGCCCAUUGUCUUAGGAGAGCAAACAAUGACUGCCAAAGAGACAUCUGGUAAAUGAAAAUGAAGAUAAAGACUUCUGCUUAUUUUCAAUUGUUAAAAUUUCGGUCGCUGUCACCAACAAGUCAGUCUUUUUUAGGGUAAUUAGUAUUAUCAGCUGAGUUGAUAACGCAAACUGGCCACUGUAAAGAGUUUAAAAGCUGACAUUUCAAGCACUAGCUCUGAUGAAGGGCUAACGCUCGAAACGUCAGCUUUUUAACUCUUUACAGUGGUCAAUUUAUGCUAUCAACUCAGUUGAUAAUACUUGGUUACCCUGUUAUACUCUCCCACCCAAUGCAGCACCACAGUUUCUGUAGAAAGUUACCCCUUUGAUCUUUUUUGAGGUCAACUCUUGUCAAAAGAUCAUCUCACCAUACUACUGACUGUUUUUAUCAACUAUUGUUGCCUGCCUUUCGAUUCUAAUGAAAUCAACUUUAAUAAUACUUUUUUUCCUCCAGCUGCUUUGGACUAAGGACCUGAAGAUGAGCACUGUUCAUGUCAUUGAUGUUUGUCGAGCACUAUGGCAUCUGACCAGCCAUGGCAGCAGUGGUGAUGUGUUCAACUUAGCCGACAAGAGUGACACCUGUAAGACCGUUAACCCCCAAAAUAUGAUUGUUAAUUCUCCUUUUCAGUGGCUACAAAUUUUCUUGAAAGCUAGUUGCAAGAAUUUAAAGUUUGAGUAUUCUCAUUACCUGUUGCUGAAUAAUGUAUGGAUAUUAUGGGAAAAGAUUACAUGUUAAUCUCUUGUGGAAGUUAAAGGCUAAACUUAAACUCUUUAACUCCCAAAAUCUGAUUGUUAAUUCUCCCUUCUGGUAAGUUUGAAUAUUCUCAUAACCUGUUUGCUGGAUAAUGUUUAGAUAUUAUAGUGAGAAGUACCUUGUUAAUCACUUUUGGGAGUUAAAGGGUUAACCAGUUUCACACAUCUUUACCCUCAGAAGUUUCCAUAGUCAAAUAAAAUAUUGCCUUUUCUUUUUGCAUAAGUGCUAACUCCAGAAAAAAUUGUCAAAAAAUGAGCGAUGAGUAAUUUACUAGGGAAACUUGAUCACUUCUGUUAAAUCUAGACAAGGGUGUAACAUCCUUCUCGAACUCCUUACACUGUAAAAGAAUAAUAUAUUUUCAAAACUGAUCAUUUGUUUCAGGAGAAGAAUAAUAGCGGGAAAGUUGCACCCUCUUAAGAUCUUUAGAACGCUCGCAAGAAACCAAUUGCACAUGACCUCACGGUGGAAUGGGAUAAAUAUUGCAUGUGAUUUUUGAGACAAGACGUUACUGAAGUUCAUGCAUCAUGACUUAAUGUCCAUUUUUUUUUCCUCAGCCCAGGGAAGUAUCACAGACAUUGUUUGUGAGAUAUUUGGAAUUGAACACGACUAUUUUGGAACGGUUUUAUCCAAUAUGGCACGGGUAAGCUAUGGCAACUUGACAUUGUACGCAUGUGACAGUAUUGUAUAAAUAGGGAGGAAAUAAAAUAUCAAAAGGAGUAAACGAGAAAGCAGUGCUAUCUCGAGGAAACUGUCUGUGGGGAAAGGGCUGGAAAGAGUCCAAAACAGCGACCGGCUUAAAUUGGGUUCGUGAUUGGUAGAGAGGCGCGAGUUUCUUAAACUAGUCACAGGGCAAAGGAGUGAGGAGAACAAUGCCCAGACUAAAUAUUUCACCAAUAGAAAACAAGUCAUUUUCACUUUAUAUUUUGAGCCAUUGCCGCCCCCCUUUGUCAUUGUAUCCAUACUUUCUAAGAUGACGAAGCCGACCUAAUUAAAAGCGUUGGCCAAUAUCGGGUUUGUUUGCCUUUUCCAUCCAAUGGCUGAAAAAUACGACCAGAAAGAUUGUCCUUUACCCUAAGUGGCUGAGAUUUAAAGCGUAGCCCACUGCACUUCCAAGGGAUCAGGGGUAAAUUAGUACGUUGCUGAAGUGCGUGACUGAGAACAAUUAAACUGAUGGGUAUGCCGGUGUCACAGAGGAUUUAGUCCCCCCGGUCCAAGUCCGCUUGCGGAUAAAGACACGCGGGGGUUCAUUUCCGUCCGCAGAUUUGGACCAUGGGGUCCAAAUCAGUUAGGACACCGGUUAGUGGAUUAGAUCGCUCUCCUUGCUUUCACCCCCUGUUCGUUUGUCACGUAUAAUUAGAGAAGGAUUAUGAGCUGAAAGAAUGCCCACGUUACUUUCCAUGAUUUUAAAGAAAAAAAAAAAAGCAGUUUGAAAUAACAGUGUUUACUUUUUUUUCCUAACGGUUUAGCUGAACAUGGCAGGCACUGUUGAUGAUUCUAACGAAAAACACUUGGAGCCUUGGUCCGCAGCUUGUGAGAAAGAUGGUAUCCACAGUACCCCCCUUAGUCCUUAUUUGGAUCAGGUGAGUUCCCAAUCCUUGAAAGCCCUGUUAGCUUAACCAGCUCUAGGCCAUAUUUAAAAUCUGCGUCUACACCUUAAAGAGUAACACCGCGGGCCAACCGCGGGCCAAAGCUCAAAACCAGAUAGUCUGUUUGGUUUCCUGAUUUUUGUUAUUGUUUUAAUUUCAAAAUCCUUCUGGCCGGUUAUUUAAACAAAGUUUAGCCGUUGUUUAACAAAACUGCGUCCCAGACAAUCCUCAAUUUAGCUGUACCAUUUAUCUGAACGUUUAUUAUUGUGAACAGUGUCAAGAGGGCCGAAAGCUAACAAUGAAGGGACAUUUAUGUACUUAAAUCAACCCUUUUAGAGGGAAAGCAGGAAGCCCAUUAAUUAGGUAAAACUGUGGUUUGGGUUAUACAUCGUGUAAAUAACUGACCCUUUAUGUCUCACGCUAGAAUGUAAACACGACAAACUUAAAAAAAGCCCGGCUUUUGGGACGAGUAACCACCGUUGGAUAAUUUUGGGAAGCGAGCUCCUUGUUCAUAACCACCACGCCCUCCCCUGCACUUAUAGUGCUACUGUGAUUGAAGAUGACGAAUUUUAGCUCUGGUUUGCCUCAUUUCGUUCAAUAGGAACUUCUUUAUGAUAAUCACUUGUUCGUCAAUGGAUCAAAGAUUGAAGAAUCGGGUUUUAGCUACAAUUAUCCCGAACUUACACCGGAAUUGCUUAAGGAGGUAAGAUUUAGAAAAUUUGUUUUUUUCCAGUCAUUUGUUCUCUGUUUCUGAGCGUCGUGUACGUAGGUCUCACUCUCUGAGGUUGUCAUCUGGCGAGUGUAAUUGAAGUGGUGUAGAAAUUGCGCCAAUCCGAAGAAAAUCAUAGUGUACAGUUCUAUCGCGAAAUGUCAGUUCUUGAGGGAGAUUUCGCCGAGGUUUGUCAAUUAAAUGUCAAUUAUGUGCGACUGGUACCGCGGUAAUGGUGAAUCGUGUUACCUCAGAAACGCGUUAUCCAGUGAAAGAAUGCUACCCUUCAGUGAACAAAUGUAUCGAGAAAUGCUAACCGCAAGCAAAUACAAUCUAGACGAGAAUGCUUACGACAAAAAGAUGCACAGAGAAAUGCUAACUGAAAACAAUCCAGCGUUAUUAUGUACAGCGGUUUUUCGAAGACUCUUGAUUUGUAAAGCCAAUAUCCAGGCGUUCAAGGACAACCAAGCCCCGAUUUCUUUCGAUAACAUGUGACCUUAAACCCAUUGCUGCGUGUCAUUUCUGUUUGAGUGUUCAUUCAAAAUAAUUUUUCUUCAUAGGUUCUUGAAGAUUAUGUUGAAACAGGGUUAUUUCCACCUUCGUUGGUCCAUGCAAGAUGAUGACGACAUGAUGGCGAUUCGCUAAAUUAAAUAAUUCCUCAUGUGACUUCUGAUCAUCUAGAGGGAAACCGAGAAAAGAAAUGAUUAGUUUGAAUCCCAAUAAUCUCGCCAGGGAAUCUGAUUGUAAUGUCAACUAAUAACUAAAGGUUCCUUCCCUGGCGGCAAAUCUUCUUUUGCCGGGAUGUUUCGAUAAUUCAGUGGCGGAUCUAUGGGAGGGGCGCGGGGGACCCGGGCCCCCCUCCUUAUUUUGAGGAGAAAAAAAUUAGAAUCGCAGAAGGAAGAACAGCCGGCAGGGCAAGCGACAAAAAACUCAAGGUCUCGAUCCGCCAAUGUAAUUGACUCGUCAAACAAAAUAUAAUGACCACAACCUGUGGAAACCUGGUUCGAGAUAACUUGUGUUAUAGUGUUUUUUGUUUUCGUUUUGUCAGGAGACACGAGUAAGGCAUGUAGCUUUUGAAUGUUGCUUGAAAUAAACGCCGUUGUUUUAGAUAUUGGGACAAGAUAGGGCGAGGGAGACAGGUACCCCGAGAGAGCUUGUUAUUCAUUCUAGCGGUAUCAGAAACAAAAACGAAACAAAACGGACUAAAGGCAGGUUCGGG